CUGAGGAUUUUCUUGCUGGUUUAAUUAGUUCUUUUAUUGUCCGGCGAGGGGAUUAAAAUUACUUCGGUCAGAGUAGGAAAGUCAGUCACUUGAUUAUGUUUUAAGCAAGUGGGUCGCGCAAGAGAGAGAGAGCCCGAAUUACAUUGACGAAAACGAGACUGGAGUGAACUUUUUCUGUCACCCACCUACCGAUGCUCUCACGAUAUUUGUGCUAGUUAAUCAGUAAAUCUUUUUCGUAAACUUUUACGUUUUCUUCAUUUUUUGUGCGUUCUUGUUCAUUCCGCUCUACAGGAGGAGCCGAGGUUAGGAUCGACUCCUUUAGCCAUGUUAGCUGCUACCUGUAACAAGAUUGGGAGUCCCAGCCCGUCGCCUUCCUCCAUUUCGGAUAGUUCUUCUUCAUUCGGGAAAGGCUUUCACCCGUGGAAAAGAGCCACCGCCAGCAGUUGCAGUCUCGGCUCUAGCCUCUCUGGUUUCGGCGUCUCAGGGGUUUCCAGAAACGGAGCCGGACUGACGGACUCCUUUGGCUCGAACAGUUCCACGGGAUCCAGUGCCUUUUCCCUGACGUCUGGCACCUCAUCUAAUUCCCACUUUGGAAACGAUUAUUCUGUUUUCCAAGCCUCUGUUUCAAACAGUUCUCAAGAGCCCAACCAUCAGCCGGUUUUUAUUUCCAAGGUGCAUACGUCGGUGGACAGUUUGCAAGGUAUCUAUCCGAGAAUGAGCGUUGCGCAUCCAUACGAGUCGUGGUUCAAGUCGUCUCAUCCUGGUAUACCUACGGGGGAUGUUGGCACCACUGGCGCUUCAGCGUGGUGGGAUGUCGGAGCGGGAUGGAUUGAUGUGCAGAACCCGAAUGGGUCUGCACUGCAGACGUCCUUGCACUCCGGGGGACUUCAAACGUCGCUGCAUUCUCCUCUAGGGGGGUAUAAUUCAGACUACUCCGGGUUGAGUCACUCUGCCUUCAGUACCAGCGCAUCCCCGCAUCUGUUGACUACCGGUCAGCACCUGAUGGACGGGUUCAAGCCCGUGUUACCCUCUUACCCAGAUUCUAGCCCCUCUCCUUUAGCAGGGGCAGGCGGCACCAUGUUGACCGGAGGUCCCACGUCUUCUUUAGCAGGAUCCCCUCGGUCCUCAGCGCGGCGCUAUUCAGGCAGAGCCACCUGCGACUGUCCGAACUGCCAGGAGGCUGAAAGACUGGGGCCGGCGGGAGCGAGCCUGCGUCGAAAGGGGCUUCAUAGCUGCCACAUCCCGGGGUGUGGGAAAGUCUACGGGAAAACUUCGCAUCUCAAGGCUCACUUACGAUGGCAUACUGGAGAAAGACCGUUUGUAUGUAACUGGUUGUUUUGCGGAAAGAGGUUCACGCGAUCUGAUGAGCUUCAGCGACACCUUCGCACACAUACUGGUGAGAAAAGGUUCGCCUGUCCGGUCUGCAACAAGCGAUUCAUGCGCAGCGACCACCUCAGUAAACACGUUAAAACUCACAGCGCCGGAGGGUCCGCUGGAUCAGGCUCCGGUGGCAGUGGAGGAAAACGGGGGAGCGAUACCGACAGCGAGCACAGCGCACCGGGCAGCCCUCAAUGCCAUUCUCCAGACCUGUUGCAACAGCCUGAAUCUGUCCAGACAGCGGUCAUGAACGGCCACAAUAACUCUAUCGAAUGAGUAAAAAUAAGACUUUGGGGAAAAAUAGACUUUUCAAUGAGUUGUAAAUGUGUGUUUGCUGAAAACCUGCGGACAAAAUCAACAAGGGUCUGUAGAAUGCCGUCCCCUCACCCAACCCCCCCCCCCCCCCCGCCACUAAACCUUACGAAUGAAAUUUCGCUUUCUGGUGUGGUAAGGACUACUUCAAUUCAAAUAUGUCUAUAGCAUAAUAUUAUCGAUUACACUAGGCUGUUUACGGCCCAAAUAAAACUAUUAAAAAAACUUUAAACUCGAUUUAAAGAUAAUUCUAAGUAUUAAAAUGGAAAAGUUUUCUUGGCAGAUUCAAGGGGCAUAACUGAGGAAUUGCCAUUAAAAACUAGAUGAAAAUAAGGAGGAUAUUACGCAGGAUGAGAAAGUGGUAUUUUGCCUCCAAUUUGCCUCAUGUAACUUUUCACGUUUAUACUUUCUUCAGAACCAAACUGUGGCACUUUACACUAUUAGAUUUGAAAGACGUGUCCUUUAAAUGGGCAAACCUUAACAGAUCAAAAUGAAAGUAGUGUUAUGUAAUAUUCGCAAUGUCCUUAUUUGCAUUUAUCACUUCCUUUGUGGAGUAUUGGUGGUCAAUGUUUUUAUUUGAGAAUACAACAUGUUUCGCAAUUUGGGAACAUUUGGUUCAAAACUUCUGAGUUUAUUUUUCAGACCUGUAGUAAUAGUACAAGUUUCUAAAAAUGAUAAAAAUCAACACACAAAAAUCCUGUAAUACUGGGGGAAUGUAAUCGCAUAGGUUAGCAUAUUACACGAUACUCAUGUAAAUGUGAGUAAUGUAUUUGUCCGGGAGACGAUUUUGUAUAGUAUUUUCUAGUUGUACAUUGCUUCUAGCAAAUAUCUGAAAAUAUAUGGGAGUGCAUUUUGAUUUUAUUUUUCGUUGUCAAGAACAAAAUGAAAAAUGUAUAUGAAUGUGGCAGUGGUAUUUAUCCUCAAGUCGGGCUUGUAACUUGAGGUCUAUAAGAGAUGCACUUUGAAUUUAUUUGUAACGUUUAGAAUCAAUUUUCCUUGAUUAAGUGCAUUGUGUUUAAUCACGUUUUAUUUAAGAGAGCAUGCAGCUAUUGUAUACUGACCGUUUUAGCAAUUUGCGAUAAUUUCACAACGGAUUGGCUUUUCAGUUGAAGCCUCACAAUAAAGUCAGUGUAUUAACUGUA